AUGGUUUCGGCCAAGAAGGAGAUGGUGACAGCGAUGUGCACCAGUUACAUUCUGACUCUCUUCUACUUUUUGGGCUUGACUACUUGCGUGGAUAAAAUCUCCGGACAGACGCGACGGGAUGAGAGGAUCUACCCGGAGAAUUUCACACGCAUCUUAGACCGACUUCUGGAUGGAUACGACAACAGGCUGCGACCCGGCUUCGGAGGUCCUGUAACUGAGGUCAAAACAGACAUCUACGUGACAAGUUUCGGGCCCGUCUCAGAUGUUGAAAUGGAGUACACAAUGGACGUUUUCUUCCGCCAGACGUGGGUGGAUCGGAGGUUGAUGUACGACGGACCGAUAGAGAUCCUGAGGUUGAACAACCUGAUGGUGACCAAGGUGUGGACGCCGGACACUUUCUUCAGGAACGGCAAGAAGUCGGUGGCCCACAACAUGACGGCGCCUAACAAGCUGUUCCGCAUCAUGAAGAACGGCACCAUCCUCUACACCAUGAGGUUGACUAUAAGUGCUGAGUGUCCCAUGAAGCUUGUGGACUUCCCUAUGGAUGGACAUGCAUGCCCCCUGAAAUUUGGAAGCUAUGCCUAUCCUAAAACAGAGAUGAUCUACACCUGGACCAAAGGCCCGCAGCACUCGGUGGAGGUGCCGUCAGAGUCCUCCAGUCUGGUUCAGUAUGAUCUCAUUGGCCAGACGGUCUCCAGUGAAACAAUUAAAUCCAUCACAGGUGAAUAUGUGGUGAUGACAGUGCACUUCCACUUGAAGCGCAAAAUGGGCUACUUCAUGAUCCAGACGUACAUCCCCUGCAUAAUGACAGUAAUCCUCUCCCAAGUGUCCUUCUGGAUAAAUAAAGAGUCAGUCCCGGCGAGAACUGUUUUUGGCAUCACCACCGUCUUGACCAUGACCACGCUCAGCAUCAGUGCUCGCCACUCCCUCCCCAAGGUGUCCUACGCCACCGCUAUGGACUGGUUCAUCGCCGUCUGCUUCGCCUUCGUCUUCUCCGCCCUGAUCGAGUUUGCCGCCGUCAACUACUUCACCAACACGCAGAUCGAGCGGGCCAAAAGGAUCCCGGCCAAGUGUCCUCCCGGGCCGCAGACCACGCCGGUGAAGGUCAAGCCGGACACAGAGGAAGUGCUGCAGCAAAACCGGGACACAAACGGUAACCUGAGAAAGCGGAUGAACUACCUGUCUCAGCAAGAGUCCCAGAGCAGCCACAGGGCCCAGGCUGGCGCCUGCAGCACAGCCGGGGGACCGAGGCAACCCUGCCCUACUGUCCAGUGCUCUUCGUCGGCCGAGGCCAACGGCAGCACCUCCACCCUGUCCCGCUGCAGCCCCAAGUCCGACAGCCAACUCAGCGCAGCCUCGUCCUCCACCCAGCUGGUCAGAAAUGCCCCUUUGGCGCCGCAUUCAUCUCCAGAUGUGAAGGGCGGUACACCGUCCAGGCAGAACGCGGGCCCCUCGUCCCUCCAGUAUCUCUUAGGGCCCAAGCUGGAGCGCAUUCAGAUGAUGGGGAACAAAAUAGAGCUGAAGCAGUCGCCGUGCUCCCAGCCCACCACCGUCGGGAUGGGUGGCACCAGUAAAAUUGACAAAUACGCACGAAUCCUUUUCCCAGUUUCCUUUGGUGCAUUUAAUAUGGUCUACUGGGUAGUAUACUUAUCAAAGGACACUAUGGUGCCCAAAGAAGAGUAG